GCUAAUUCCAAUGUGUCAGCCCCCAUGAACGUCAACAUGGAUUUAGAACAGUUGAUAUUGGAAUUGUUUGCUGUGGAAGGUAUCAAGUUUGGCAACUACACCCUAAAAAGUGGAAUCGAAGCUCCAGUUUAUGUAGACUUACGCGUUGUGAUUUCAUAUCCAAAACUUAUGGUUGAGGUAUCAAAUUUCUUAUGGGAAUCUGCAAAGAAAGCAAAAGGCUCAUUCAAAACUAUUUGUGGUGUUCCUUAUACUGCACUACCACUGGCUACAUGUAUAUCAGUAAAAGAAAAUAUACCAAUGUUAAUAAGACGUAAAGAAGCUAAAGGUUAUGGAACUAAGAAGUUAAUUGAAGGUAUAUUUAAUGAAGGAGAUGGAUGUUUGAUUAUAGAAGAUGUUUGCACCAGUGGGUCAAGUGUACUUGAUACAGUUCAGGCAUUAAAUAGUGUUGGUAUAGCAGUUACAGAUGCUGUAGUAUUAUUGGAUAGAGAACAAGGUGCUGAAGAUAUGUUAAAAUAUGAAAAUAUUACAUUGCACAGUAUUUGUAAAUUAUCACAUGUAAUAGAGAUUCUAGAGAAGCAUGGGAAAAUUGACAGUGAUAUGGUUUCUAAAGUAAAGACAUUCAUCACAGAAAAUAGAUUUAAACCUCCAUCAAGUAUUGAUCAACUACCCAAAAAGGUGUUAACAUAUGGUGAAAGAAGUGAAUUAUGUACUCAUCCAGUUACUAAAGAAUUGUUUAAAAUAAUGCAUGAGAAAGAAACAAACCUCGUAGUAUCAGCUGAUUUAAAAACAACCAAAGAAGUUCUACAGGUAUUAAAGAAAAUAGGUCCAUAUAUUUGUAUGGCUAAAACUCACAUUGAUAUCAUAGAAGACUACAAUCCAGAAUUUGUUACACAGCUGUGUGAAAUUGCCAAAAAACACAAUUUUCUUCUUUUUGAAGAUAGAAAGUUUGCUGAUAUAGGAAAUACUGUAAAGUUACAGUAUAGUAGUGGGCUAUAUAGAAUAAGUGAUUGGGCUCAUGUUAUAAAUGCUCACAGUGUACCAGGAGAGGGUGUUGUCAAAGGUUUAAAAGAAGUUGGAUUAGUAAAAGGCCGAGCAUGUCUAUUAAUAGCUGAGAUGAGUUCUUUAGGUAACCUAGCAACUGGUGACUAUACUGUAGCCACAGUUAAAAUGGCAGAAGAAAAUAGAGAUUUUGUUAUUGGUUUUAUAAGUCAGAAAAAACUAUGUGAUGAUCCUACAUUGGUACAUAUGACACCAGGUGUUAAAUUAGAAUGUGGUAGAGAUAGUUUAGGACAACAAUAUUUAACACCAGAUGAGGUCAUAGGUCGUAGAGGUAGUGAUAUUAUUAUAGUAGGACGAGGUAUUGUCCAAGCUCAAGAUAUCGUCAAAGCUGCCAAAGCCUAUCAACAAGCCGGUUAUUUAGCUUAUCAACAAUUACUUUCAUGAUUCCAAAGAGAUGAGACCAUGUAAAAUAUAUAACUACUGCCAGCAACAGCAUAAUGUUCAACAAUACACCAGCACUUCUAACAAUUAGCUUUUUUUGAUUAGAAGAAAAUAAACGGAAUACAUAUGAUAUCAUAUAUCUUAUAUUAGUGUCAAUAGAUGAAUAACCUAAAUAAUUAGUUUUCACCGUCUGAUUAAAGCACCGAUCCUAUUUAUAUAUAUAUCUUAGUGUCAAUAGAUGAAUGACCUAAAUAAUUAGUUUUCGUUUUCUGAUUAAAACACUCAUCCUAUUUAUUUUCAUUUUUAUAGUUAAAAUUUCAUUUUUAUAUAUGUCUCUUUAAAGUAAGAGAUUUAUUACCAUGUUUGAAUAAUCCAGUCAAAUGUCUGUGUAUCAUUGUGUCGCCUAUAGGCCGCAAUUCUUAACUGAUCAUCUUGAAACUUUACAUACUUAUUCCUUAUACCCUAGGGAUGAUCCCAAUUGUUUUUGGUGUAUGCCUGAACCCCAAGGACAGAGCCACACCCAUUUCUUGUAUUUGUUAACGUAUCAUCUUGAAACUUUGCAUACUUAUUCCUUAUACCCUAAGGAACAUCCCUAUUGUUUGCUGUGCAUGCCCAAGCCCCAGGGGCAAAGACACGCCCAUUUUUUUUUGUGUGUCGCGUACAGACUACAAUUCUUAAUUGAUCAUCUUGAAAACUUUUCAAACUUAUUCCUUAUACCCUAAGGAUGACCUCUAUUAUUUUUGCCAUCUUCAUUAGCCAAGUCGGAGCAGAACAGUAGGAUGUUAAAUCCCAUUUCAUUUAUUUCUAUCAUUUUUGGUGCAUGCCUAACCCUCUGGAACGGAGCCAAGCCCAAUUUUUGUGUGUGUCUGUUUCGCCUAUAGGCCGCAGUUCUCUAGAGAUCCUUUUGAAACUUAGCGUACCUAUUCCUUAUACCCAAAGGAUGAUCUCGACCCCCAGGAGCAGAGCCACACCUAUUUUUACUUUGUGUGUCUGUGUGUUGUCUACAGGCCACAAUUCUUGAUGGAUCAUUUUGGAACUUGGCAUAUGUAUUCCUUAUAGCCCAAGGACGGCAACUAUUGAUUUUAGUGCAUGUCCUGACUCCCAGGGGCAGAGCCAAGCCCAAUUUUUGGUGUAUGCCCUGACCCGCUGGGGCGGUGUCACACCCACAUUUUUAUUAAUAUUUAGUAUGUAAAUUUGGUUAAACAAACCCAACACCUAGCCUUCUUUGCCCCUUGCCAUAUUACAGUCAUUGCAGCCAUUUCAUAUUUCAUAGCGUUAGCGAUGCUCUUGUUAUUGUCUUGCCAUCAUGUAUAUAUGAAUGCAGAUACCUGUACCAAAAAUUGACUUUCCAUUGUCAAAAUAUUGUCCUUAGAAUUGUUGAUUUGUUUGUUAUAUUAUGUUAACUAUAAAAGUGAUUGUAUUCUGGCGUCACUGAUGCCUAUUAGCCCAUAUUUUCUUGUUGUCAAGCUGAAAAGUGAACAAGUUGCUGUAAAUAGUAGAUUGUUAUCUCAUAUCAUGUUUGAUCAAGAUUUCCUGCAAUUUUUUUAAUAUCAUAAUACAUGCUUGUGCAAUGGCGUUUAAUGCUCUACUUUUCUGCUCCAUCUGAGCUUGUUUGCAGUGCAUCCAUAUUCUUUUGUGGGAGCUGCUGUGGCUCACUGAGAAAGGCACUGGCUCGCUAUCCAGGUCCAAGGUUCGAUCGCAGUAGGGGGGUUGGAUGGCCGAAUGGUUAGCAUGUGCGUGCUGUAUCAUAAUGCCUGUCAUUGAGUCAACUGGCGUGGUUUCGAAUUCCCGGUUGUACUGACAAGGAGUAGGGUCGCCUGUCCAACCUCGUGGGUUUUCUCCGGGUCUUCCAGUUUCCUCCCACUGCUAAAGACCCCUACGCGCAAGCAAAUUAUUGAAAUAAAAUUAAACCAUAUGUUAGUCCCGAAAUGACCUAGUUUGUGUCGAGUGGACGUUUAACCCCAUUUCUCUAUCUCUCUCGAUAAGUGUUGGCCGAGAAAGUUCCAUGGGAUUUUCGGGCAUGGUUUCUCCUUUUCAGUGGUGCAGGAUGGGGAGGGUCUGGCAAGGAACUGUCUAAUCGUUCAGAUGGAACAAUGCAACCCUUGGUGUGGAUGAAGAACGACACUAGACAGUUGAUUAGCCCAGUUCAAGCAGAAAAGCAGGAUGUUAAAUCCCAUUCAUUCAUUCAUUCUUUCUUAUUCUGUGAUUGUAAGUGGUGCCUGUAAUUAUGUUUUGUUAAUGUAUUUGCUUUUUAUGAAAGGUGUUUAUGUUAUACAUGGUAUUUCAAGUUACAUCUUAAAUAUAUAAAUGAUUAUUACAAAUUGUUAAACAGUGUAUUAAAUACUUUACAUAAUUGUUUGACUUUAUUAUAAAUAAACUACUAAAAAAUGUUACAAA